CUGUGCCGAGUGUUCAUUCUUUGAAUGUGGACAUCUCAUCCACCACUCUAUAAUUACCAAGAGUGCACCGACAUGUUCCCAGAUGUCUCACAGAGCCGUUGCUUUAGAACAUUUCUCAUUUUGGGCAAUGUGGUCACUUCGUUCUGUGGGAUUGCCUUGAUGGCCAUGUGUAUCUUCUUCAUAUUGGAUCAAGACGGAUUGUAUAUUUUGGUGUUUGCCACCGGAAAUGACAGCAUCUGGAGAGGAGCCUGGAUAGGCCUCUUCACUGGGUUUGCCCUUUUCUGCACGUCUGUCUUUGGAAUAGCUGCCAUAGUUAUGUCGAAAAGAAAUAUCCUACUGGCUUACAUCCUACUGAUGGUGAUCAUAUAUGCCUUUGAGGCGGCAUCAGCUAUUACAUCAGCAACGCACAAAGACUGGUUGGUUCCCAACCUCUUCCUGAAGCAAAUGCUACAGCACUACAACAACCCAAUGUCUGAUAGUUUGUUCCACACCCAGGGCCAGGGAUAUGCCAACACAGGGAUAACAGCCACAUGGGACCGGAUUAUGAAUGACUCCAGGUGCUGUGGAGUGUACGGACCAGAGGACUGGGUGAAGUACGAGUCCUACUUCAGACAGCAGCACACAGAUGCUGAUUAUCCUUGGCCCAGACAGUGCUGUCAGCGUGAUGCUAUGGGAGCCAUCUUCCAUGUUGAGGCCUGCAAAAUUGGGGUCAGCCCUUUCCUGCAUACUCAGGGUUGUUAUGAUUACAUUGCUGGUCCUUUGAUGAGACACAGCUUUGGUGUCUCUUGGUUUGGAUUUGCCAUAUUAUGUUGGAUGUUCUUUGUGAUACUGGGAGUACUUUUCCACUACACUCAGGUGAAUUUCUGAGGAUGACCAUCAAAGAAUGCUUCAAAUAAACUUCAUCAUAGACAUACAGUUCUAUGAGUAGUUCUGCAAGUAUUGGUCUACAAAUAAACUUCAAUUAAAUAUAUUUACUCUUUCUUAUCAAAUUAAUAGAAACCAUAUAUCAAUUUACUCAAUAACAUUUUAUUUUUCAAAUGAACUUUCUCAAAACAAAACAAUGAUAUUAUCAAGUACAAUGAUCUGUACUCUUAACAUUUUGUUCCUCAAAACUGAGAGCUUGCAACCCUGACUUGAAAUCCACCGGUGUGUAUUAUGUACCACACCAAUUAUACAAGUGGACUGCUACUUAUUCAACUACAAGCACACCUCGUUGUUGUUACGUAAUUAUUAUAUAAUUAUGCAUAACCGUUAUGUAAUCCUGCAGACCGGUAUGGAGCUGAGAUGACAAAGGAAACACAUUGUACUAUCAAACAUUAGGCUGAACAUUUAUAACCAACUGAUUUAGCUAAUUUGAAAAACUAAUUUAAAGCUUGUGAUUUUUUAUUUUUUAUUUAGCCAUAUGCUCAUAUGAUUCUCUUUGUUUAACCUUUAGAUCAUGUUUUUCAGAUAUGUUGUCAAAAUAAAUAAGUUUGGGCAAAUCUUUCUAUGAACAAAUCCCUACACAAUACGUUAUGUGUGUAUUCUUAAUUUCCAUAUCUUUCCGUGGCUGUACACAGCUAAUCCAUCAAUGUUUGUUCAAUACACAAUUGUACAUGUUACUAGUGUCAUUAUGUCAACACAGCUGCAAAUAAUUAGUAUCCCUGUUCUGUUUAACUUUUCACAACAUUCAUUGCAUAGUGUUUGAGUCCUCUCUUUGACAAUUUACAAUUGUGUCAU